UACUCAUAUUGCUAGUUCAUCUCAACAUGGGACAGGUCCAGUCGGCCUUCGAUCCGAACAAGGACUCCAACAAGCCCAACGGUUACAUCGUCCCUCCCUUUCCGAGCCUCUACAAUCCCACUAUCGUUUCGACCAAACAGCAGUGGGGCUUCUUUCUGCACGAUGCGAACGCCAUCUGGAAGUUCACUUUCUACUGGACGCUCAUUCUGAUGAGCGCAACGUUUGAGGCGUGUGCAGCGCUUGCUGUAUUCGCGCUUCUGCUCUCACGGGGCGCCGCAAGACGAAGAGAUGCCGCGGCUAACGAGGGGCGGAGGAGCAAGUUUCGCCUACGCCGCCGGCCGCCAUUUUGGCUGCUGCUCAUGAUACCUGUGGCUAUGGGUGCCAUAGCCACUUUUGUCUCCCUGGUCUCGGGAACGGUCGUGGGGUUUGCGCUUGCUGCCGUGUACAGCGCGGGCGGGUUCAGCAUGAGCACCUGGGUGCCGUUCAUGUGGGGCAUGAUUCAGGUUGUCGUGCUCAUAAUUGCAAGCUACUCGUCUCUCACGCGGGUGUUAUAAUCCCACACUUCGCAUCCUCUUUAUUGUAUCAUAUUCGUAAGGUCUGUUCGGUUGUAUCAUUCUUUCAGUGUCAGGGGCCGCCACCCCAUGUCAAAGUCAAAUAUCUAUCACUCUCGCGACGCUGUCUACAUUUGCAGUUCCACAACAGGCUGUGUUUAGGCAUACAAACUAGGUAUCAUUGUGAGUUGGAAGUCAUCAUUUUCCGAAGCCGAUGUGAAGGGGGAGGGGGGCGCUGGUACGCCGGGCC